AUGCACGACCUGCCCCCUGACUCGGGCAGGCGGCAGGGCGACCGGGGCCGGGCGGAUCGCGGUCCGCCUUCCCCCUGCGGCGCGGCGGCCCGCCGAGCCUGCCCCCGAGACUGCGAGCGGGGAGGCGGCGACUGCCCUUGGCAGCAGGUGUCCCCGCCCCGGUCGCCUCCGAGGGAGUCGGGGGGAGGCCGCCUGCGGACUCCUCGGAUGCGGCUGUCCUGCAGCAGAAGCCUCGACAGCCUCCGCGUGGGUGCCAAGCCGCCUCCCUUACAGCGGUGGCGGAGCGACAGCUGGAUCAGGUGCGGCGCGCGCGGGGAACCGGACGAGCCCCCGCCACGUGGAGGCGGGAUGGACGGCUGGAGCGGAGGCAGCUCCCGGGCCGCGGCGCCCUCCGGCCUCCGGCCUCCCAGCUCCGAGGACCCCCGCCGCUCCUCGGGAAGCCGCGGCAAAGAAGACGGCCAGGAGGGGCUCCCCUUCCUCAAACCGCCCGCGGUGACAGUCAAGAAGCUGCAGAAGUGGAUGUACAAAGGACGCCUGCUGUCCCUGGGAAUGAAGGGUCGCGCUCGUAGGACACCCCCCGAAGUCACCCGAGCGCAGGCAACGUCUCCAAAUCUGGGCACUUUGAAAAUGCGGGAAAGCCAAGUCGUCUCGGUGCCGCCAGACCAAAGAAUUACGCUGACAGACUUAUUUGAAAAUGUCUAUGAGUCUUCAAUGAAGAGAAGAGAACUUGAAGAUCUGAAGGAUAAUAUUGGCUUCAUGGGUCAUAAGCCACUUAAUAGCAUCACUGUGUCAAAGAAACGCAAUUGGCUAUAUCAGAGUACUCUGAGAUCUUUUAAUUUGGAAGACAAAAAUAAGAAAUGCCAAGAUAUAAGUCAUUUAUCCAUCUCACCCGUUUCUCUACCUAAACUGCAGCUGUCACGACCUUUCCUCAGAUCAUCUGAAGAAUAUUGUACGUAUAUGGUGUGUACUGCUACAAAUUCUUCAUUAUCAAGAGACUGUUCAUUAGACUUUAAUGAGGAAAAUGAUGCAGAUGAUGAAGGAGAAAUAUGGUACAAUCCCAUUCCUGAGGAUGAUGACUUUGGUAUUUCAAAUGCCUUGAGAUUUGGGGAGGCAGACUCUGCUGUUCUGAAGUUCCCUGAUGUCGGUUUGAGAGUAUUAUCUGGUAGUGACCUAAUGAAAGAAGAGCAGCACACCGAAGACUUGCUGUGCUCUUCUGAACACACAGGUGAUGUUCAGACCACACAGUCAAAUGAAAUAAGUCCUAUAGAUUCCAUCUAUUCCACAGAGUUUGUGGAGCAGUACAAGCAAAGGCAUGGACACAAGACACAAGAAGGUAUAAUAGUAGAGGAGAGUCCCACGUUGAAAUCUCCUUUUGCAGGUCCUGGGAUAGUAGCUGCUACAAAUAAGCCUGAUUUGGGAGUUACAGGACCAUCUUCUCCAAGCCCUAGCCCUGUGAAAAAAGGCAGCUCAAUUCAUUGGUCUUUCCCGGAUAAAAUAAAAUCUCCACGAACUGUGAGGAAACUUUCCAUGAGAAUGAAAAGGUUGCCAGAAUUUAGCCGGAAACUGAGUGUUAAAGGAAACUUGAAUUAUGGAAACAGUCCGGAUAAUACUCCUUCCUUGUCUAAAUGUAACUGGCAAGAAAUUCAUCAUGCUGUUAUUCUACCUUCUGGGAACACAACCACAGCUGCUAAGAGGAAUGUUAUAAGCCGGUACCAUCUUGAUACUAGUGUGUCUUCUCAGCACAGCUACCAGAAGAAAACCUCUGUGAGUUCUAAGUAUUCCUGCAAAAGUGGUUACCUCAGUGAUGGAGAUUCUCCUGAACUUAUAGCUAAAUCUAGCAAACAUGGAUGUGAAAACAAAUUUGCAAAAGGAAAAGAAAUAAUUCCAAAUAGUUGUAGCAAGAAUGAAAUAGACAUUGAUGCUUUUAGACAUUAUAGCUUUUCUGAUCAACCUAAGUGUUCUCAGUACAUAUCUGGGCUCAUGAGUGUGCAUUUCUAUGGUGCUGAGGAUUUAAAACCACCUCGGAUAGAUUCAAAAGAUGUCUUUUGUGCAAUUCAGGUAGAUUCAGUAAACAAAGCCAGAACAGCUUUGCUCACAUGUCGGACAACGUUUUUAGACAUGGAUCACACUUUCAACAUAGAAAUUGAAAAUGCACAGCAUUUGAAAUUAGUAGUAUUCAGUUGGGAACCCACUCCAAGAAAAAAUCGAGUGUGUUGUCAUGGAACUGUUGUUCUUCCCACCUUAUUCAGAGUGACAAAGACACAUCAGUUGGCUGUCAAACUUGAACCUAGAGGUCUUAUUUAUGUGAAAGUGACUCUUUUGGAACAGUGGGAGAAUUCACUUCAUGGACUAGAUAUAAAUCGAGAACCAGUAAUAUUUGGUGUUGAUAUUCGAAAAGUUGUAGAGAAAGAAAAUAUAGGCUUGAUGGUACCACUCCUGAUUCAGAAAUGUAUUAUGGAAAUUGAAAAGAGAGGCUGUCAGGUAGUAGGCCUGUACCGAUUAUGUGGCUCAGCAGCAGUCAAGAAAGAACUUCGAGAGGCUUUUGAGAGGGAUAGCAAAGCUGUUGGUCUGUGUGAAAGCCAAUACCCAGAUAUAAAUGUAAUAACAGGUGUUCUUAAGGAUUAUUUAAGAGAACUUCCUUCUCCUCUGAUAACAAGGCAGCUUUAUGAGGCUGUAUUAGAUGCAAUGGCAAAAAAUCCUUUGAAAAUGUCAUCAAAUGGUUGUGAGAAUGAUCCAAGUGAUUCUAAGUACACUGUUGACCUGCUGGAUUGUCUGCCUGACGUUGAGAAGGCAACCCUAAUGAUGUUGUUGGAUCAUUUGAAAUUGGUGGCUUCUUAUCGUGACGUGAAUAAGAUGACUUGCCAGAAUUUGGCUGUGUGCUUUGGACCCGUAUUAUUAAGUCAGAGGCAAGAGACUUCCAGCCAUAACAACAGAGUCUUUACUGAUUCAGAAGAACUUGCAAGUGCUUUGGAUUUUAAAAAACAUAUUGAAGUUCUUCAUUACUUACUUCAACUCUGGCCAGUGCAACGUUUAACUAUCAAAGAAUCAGCAAACAAUUUGUCCCCAGAGCAGAAGUCUUCUCUAAAUUAUUUGAGGCGGAAGAAAGAACCACCUUACCUGUUAAAUUUGAGUGGUACUGAUUCAUCAAGAGUACUUAGGCCAAGGCAAACCAGAUUAGACAGUCCACUAAGUAAUCGUUAUGCAGGAGACUGGAGCAGCUGUGGAGAUAACUACUUUUUAAAUAUGAAAGAAAAUUUAAAUGAUGUGGAUUAUGACGAUGUGCCUUCAGAAGACAGAGAAAAUGGAGAAAACUGUAGCAAAAUGUAUGAACCAGAUAUCAUGAUUGAACAGCCAACUCCCACAUCCAAAGAGUGCACAUUUCAGACAUAUUUGACAAUGCAGGCUAUUGAGUCUAGGGACCGAAAAGUCAAUCUCAAAGACCUACAAGAAAGUAUUGAUACUUUGAUUGGAAAUCUGGAGCGUGAACUCAACAAAAACAAGCUUAAUAUGAGUGUUUGA